CCCAAAAUCCGGCCCUGUUCUGAUCUGGAACUAGGAAAGUGGUACUUGUAACAGGCUCUGCAAACUGGAUUUCUUGAAUGGUUUCUCUUCAAAUUGAUGAGCUCAGUCAAUCUGCUACAGAUGAUAUUCUGCAUCAAGGAAAGACAUGAAACUUCCACUUCUGGUUUGUAAUAAACCAGCAUCAACAUGCAAGCUAGCUAUCAAAGUAGGAGGGCCUGCCCGCUGUGGGAUUGAGGUGAAAGUGAGAAACUAAGCUCAUUAAAAGAAAGGGUUUUGAACUCACUGGGACAAUGCCUGACAUCCCAACGUCUCCCGGUUUUGAUGAAAUUGUGGUGGGAUUUGAGGAUGAAACUGAAAACAUAACAGGCCUGCUGAUUAGAGGACCAAAAGAGCUAGAUGUUGUAUCGAUUACUGGUAUGGCUGGGCUUGGCAAGACAACUCUGGCCAGAAAGGUGUUUUGCCAUAAACCUGUUAUUGAUUGGUUUCAUUUUCGGGCAUGGUGCUGUGUCUCUCAAGAAUAUGACAAGAACCGUGUAUUCCAUGAAAUUUUUAGUCAAGUUGCUGAUGUUAUGAGUGAGGAUGAUACAGAUGAAGUGGUGCUUGAAAUUUUAAUGAAAAUGUGCAAAGAUGAGCAAAGCUGGGCUGAUACUGCUGAAGCACUACGCAUGGCCCUACAGGGGAAGUGUAAAGGCCACAAGAUUAGAAAUGAUACGACUGAAGUGUUGUAUGAAAGUUUAAUAAAAAUGAGCGAAGAUGAUAACAGCUGGAAAAAGAUAUCUAGUACACUGCACGAAAGCAUAAUGGAGAAGUGCGAAAACACCAAGAAUUGGGAUGAUAUUGCUAAGCCGUUGUAUGAAAGCUUAAUUGUGAAUUUUGAAGACAAUAAUGUCAGAGAUGAUGCCACUGAAAUGUCUCCCAAAUUCCCAGUGGAAAGGCACAAAGACAUUAAGAUGUGGGAAGAAAUAACAAGUGCGAUAAGCCAAAGCAAAAUUGUAGACAAAAAAGACAUUAGGAGAACAGAUGAUGAAGUUCGGAAGUUGUGCAAAAGCCUACAGGAUCUAGCUGCUGGGGUGUUGUUCAAAAACAUAAAUGAAAAGUGCCAAGAGAAUGACAGUUGGAAAGAAAUGCUGGAAACAUUAUUCAAAAGCUUAAAUGAUAUAGUUGAAACGUUGCUCAUAAGCCUAAAUAAGAAAUGCAAAGACAGUAAAAGCUGGGAUGACAACAUAGCUGAGAAGCUACGCAAGAAACUGCAAGGACAAAGAUACCUCAUUGUCUUGGAUGAUGUUUGGAGAAAAGAAGCAUGGGAUGAGUUAAGUAGAGCUUUUCCCUUGGGCACAGGAGGAAGUAGAAUCAUCUUAACAAGUAGAGAAUAUGAUGUUGGAAAAUAUGCCAGGUCUGGUGCUAAUCCCCAUUCUCUUCGUUUUUUCACUACUGAAGAUGUUGAGAAAGAAGAUGUAGAAGAAACACAACUUUUGUGUUUCAACAAAGAGAGCCAAGAUUUACUGCAUUUAAAGCUAUCUAAAGAGAAUGUUGGCCCUCCAGAGUUAAAGGAAUUUGGGAGACAGAUAGCAGAAAGAUGUGGUGGAGUACCUUUGGUGGUUGUUUUGGUAGCUGGUAUUCUACAAAAAAAGAUUGAAGAAAAAUACUUCUCGCGGAGGAAAUUUCUUCAAAGUUUAAGCUCACAUAUCAGGGGAGAUGAAUCUCGGAGCCUGGAUGUAAUAGCAUUGAGUUACAAGCAUUUACCUGUGCAUUUAAAGCCAUGCCUUCUUUACUUUGGGGCAUUCCCAGAGGACUAUGAAAUUCCAGUCUCCAAAUUGAUACAGCUGUGGAUGGCUGAAGGGUUUGUGAAACAAAUAGAAAAGAAGGUGUUGGAGGAUGAAGCAGAGGACUACCUGAAUCAUCUAAUUGGUAGUAACCUAAUAAUGGUUUCCACCAGGGGAUACAAUGGCAGUGUCAAAACAUGUCGUAUUCAUGAUCUGGUAGGUAGCUUUUGUCUUAAAAAAGCCAUGAAAGAUAAAUUCUUGAUGCAAACAGACAGUGAACAAACCAGUCCACAUUCUGAAUUGACUUCUACUUAUGAUCGGUUUUGUUUGCAUAAAAGGAAUGAUAAAGAUCUUUCUCCUGAUUCAGCUCUGUCACUCAAUCCUAGUCUUGGCACGCUUUUGUGCUUUUCAUCACAUAACCUUGGCACAUUUUCCAUAUUUGCAUCCGAUGUGGAUCCUUCCACUGGUUCAUGGGUAGCUAGCACAUUCAAACUUGUGAAAGUACUGGACUUGGAGUCCAUAAUUGUAGGCAAAUCAUUUUUGUCCAUGGUGGAGUUUCUCCUUUGUUUAAGGUACCUUGCUAUUUGUCUAAAAGGUUGGGAUUCAGUUUCACCGCCAUCUCUAGAGCGUCUUCACCACCUAGAAACUUUCAAGGUGAAAUCAAGUGUGGAUCACUAUUGUCCUUGGUGCGUCAACAUGAGAAAUUCUUUUCGUAUACCCACAAAGCCUUUAAAUCUCCAAACCCUUUCCGUCCCGGUCCUAUUCACCUCACCCAUGGAUGAGCAACUGUUGAGGAAGCUUCCUCAUCUCAAAAAACUUAGAUGCAGAUUUUCAACGUCAUGGUAUAGGAAUUGCUAUAGAUUCCCUGAGUUGGGAUUUCUUGAUCAACUUGAAUCUCUGGAAGCAUGUUACGCCAGUGACAAUCUGAAUGCACCAAUUCGCUCUGCAUUCGACUUUCCACCAAGUCUCAAGGAAUUGAGACUCCACAAUUUUCGCCUGCCAUGGGAUAGGAUUUCAGUAAUUGCCGAGCUGCCCUGUGUUGAGUCUCUUGAACUGUUCUCAGCAUUUGAUGAUGAGCAAUGGGAUGUUGAGGAAGGGUACUUUUGCGAACUCAAGUUCUUGAGAAUAUGCGAAUCCAGGAUUGUGAGAUGGAAUGCCACUGCUGAAUCUUUUCCCAAACUUGAUCGACUGGUUGUGGCAAAAUGCAGGCAUCUUGAAGAGGUGCCAUCUGAUUUCGAAGAUAUUACUACUCUACAAGUAAUUGAAAUUGAUCAAUGCAACAGCUCUGUCGCUCGCUCAGUCAAGAAAAUUCAGGAAGACAUGGAGGCACUGGGAAACGAGAACCUAAAUGUUCGCGUACUGAAUUCUGAUCUGGAACUAGGAAAGUGGUACUUGUAACAGGCUCUGAAAACUGGAUUUCUUCAGUGGUUUCUCUUCAAAUUGAUGAGCACAGUCAGUCUGUUACAGAUGAUAUUAUGCAUU